CUUCGUCUUAAAUUUUGCUUGCGCAUGGCUACCUGAAUUGCUGACUCCAAGUCUUUGGGGUUUUCUCUAAGAAUUUUCAUCCUGAGAUAAUCAAAGGUCAGACCAUCACAAAAUAUGUCUACAAGUUGUUGUUGGACUAAAGGAUAUUUUAAUUAUCAUCAUAUUUGUUGGAGGCAUUAUAUGAAGUAUUUAACUCCAACAGUAUUCCAUGGGUUAAUGCUGUUUCUAUUCUAAUGGAUGCAUGUGCAGUAAUGAGAGGUUCCAAAAAUGGAUUGGAGAAAAAAACCAGAGACUCAAGAGCCCCAUGUCUUUUAAAUAUAGAUGGUGACAUUUGUCACCACUUGCAAAAUGCAAGCAAAAAGUUGUGUGCUCCAUUUGAUUACUGGGUGGAGUCCCUCUUUACAGAUCUCCACACAGACCAUCGCUGGUCUGUAGACUUAAGAGAAAAACUUGCUGAGGUCUGUGAAAUUCUAGGGAUAAAGUUUACAACACCAGAGAAAUUUGUAAGUCAUAGAUGGAUGACUUGUUAUGAUAUUGCUGCUGGAAUACUUCGGCUCUGGGAUGAAUAUUAUGUCUUCUAUUUUGGAUUUCUGAAGUUGGAAGAUAGAAAUAUUUACAAGCCUGUUAUCAGAAAGAUUUUAAAUGACAGGAAAGUAAGUGAACUUGCAAAAGCAAAACUAAAUAGUGUCCACAACUACCUGAAGAAAAAGUCCAUGACAAGUGAUGGAAAGAUGAGAAAAACAAGGAUUUUUGAAAAGGUGUUGUUCCUAGAAAAGAGAACUCUCCUGGUGUUCCAUUUCUACACUUCUGUUUUCCCAAUAUUAAAGGAGUAUGUUAUGAUGUCCCAAACAAAACAGCCCAUGGUCCAUCGGCUUUUUGACAAACAGGUGGAAUUAUUCAAGGUUUUCAUUACGCAUUUCCUGAAACCAGAAGCUUAUUCAAGAAGAUCUGGAAAGCAGAUAAAAGCUGUUGAGAUUGAGGAAAACAAAUUUCUCUCCUAAGAAUAAAGAAGAUAUGUUUUUGGGUGAAAAACAUGAAAGUUGAUUUCAUCAAAGCCAAAUAAAGACUCUAUUACUGAAAUGUUUUUGGAAAAAGUGGUAUCUGGCUAUAAAUGCUGUGGCAUAUAUAUACAGAUCAAACUAGAUGCUGUCAUUAGACAGUAAUGCCCGCACCAAGUGUUUGCCCCUAAAAAACACUGUUUUGUACCAGUUUAGUUAAAAAUGAAGACCACAUGCAAGCUUCUGUAAUACAUUUAAAAAUUAUAAUUUUCAUUGAAGGAUGAGAUCCCUUCCCAUAUGAUAAUACACAUGAGCAGCAUUUUAUGUGCAAUUUGGGGGUGAACUGUUAACAGUGAAUUUUCAGUUAAUCAAUAAUCUUAACAUUUCAUGUCAUAGAAAGUAUAAUGGUCUAUAUAAUUAUUACAAAAAAAAUUAAAAAUGAAAUUAUGCCCCCUCCCCGUGGCGGUUUCCGGUUUCAGAUGUGCCUACAUGUACA